UACUUUACCCAUUCUUUCUUAUUGAAUUAAGAUAACUAAUUUGCUCACAGGAGCCGUCCUUCAAGCAAACUUUACUCUUUCAAAUAUCACGUUUGCAAAGUACAUUACAUAUACAGAGCAGCUGUAAAAGGGUUCAAAUUAAGUGGUCUAAAAUGGUGUCCAGUGUAGUCCAGCACUCACUGCAAAAUGGCAGUCUGUUCUCUCAUUUCCUGUCUCUGCAGGAAGUGAAGGCUUAAAGAAAUAAUUUUAUUAACAAAGAUCACUGCUGCCCUUCAUAACCACCAAUCUUAAAACUCAGCUUCUAUCCCUCUAAGGGAAAAUUAACUUAAACAUUUAUUAUAUCUUCUAAACUAGUUUAUAUUUCAAAUGAAAGGGGUGGGACUUUGGUGCAUCACCUGAGCCCUGGGUAAAUGGAGAGAACGUCAAUCAAAGGCUGAGCUCUCGAAGCUGGGAAGGAGCUUUAGAUGGCGGAUGAACCUUGGGAAGGGGAGAGCGUUGAGCCACGCAGGGCUCUCGAUAGCACUUGUAUCUCAACUUUGGUGAACUUUGAGUGCCUCCCGGGGCACCGUAAUCACGCGAAAUCGUUCGUUUUAGUGCGUUUUGGACUGUAGAGACGUUAACGCGCACGUUUUGCGACUUUGUUUCGUCGAAAACGGCUCUGGUGUGUGCGUAGAGCGGCCAGUCGUUGUUUUCCCUGCCUUGCGCUGGCAGCCAUGGCGGUCCUCCAUUUUUAGUGCGCUCUGCUGGGCUCUUCUCUCACUCUCUCUCUCCAUUCAAAUAGCCAUCGGUGGAUUACUGCUAUUAUUUUUCUUUCUGAAUAUUAUUCCGAUUAUUAAUUUAGUCUCAAUCCUGUAAUAUUUUUGAUUUUUUUUUUUCAUGUUAUGGCCAAAGUAACAAAUCGGAUAUUUUGUCAGAUGUGAAUGUACUGCUACAGUCCUCCUCCUGUCAAUGCAAUAGGUAUGUUUACAUAGUUUCUCUUUUUUUUAUUGUCGAUUUUAUAUGCUAUCAUCGUUAUGUUUUAAUCGUCCUUUGUUUGAUGACGCAGUAAGAAUUUAUGCUUGUGGCUCUGAAUCUAUUGCCUUGAAAUGCCUUCAACACAUGGAUAUUUGACAUCGAAUAGAGUCGAGCAGGUGUUCUUUCAGUUGCGAUGCCUUUUAAUUUAAGAAAUAAUAUAAAUAUUUAUUUAUUUUAAAUUACCCGACGCCAGCUUACCUUCUCCAUAUUUCGCAACGGCUGGAUUUUUUUUUUUUUUUUUUGAUGGUUCAUCCCACUUUAAACUUUUGACAGUUAAUACCUGGACAAAAGACCAUCAUUAACAAAUCCCAAGACAAAAUCAUGAUGAAGAAUAAGAAUAAAAAGCAGGAAGAUGAAGGCUCGACUCAAAGCAAUGCUUCCAGCAAUUCAGCAUCAGAGGAAUCAAACCGCUCUGGAUCGGAGUCUGGGAGUCAGUCUGAGAGCGAGCAAGGAAGUGAUCGAGCUCGUUCCCGGCGUUCCCAGUCCAACAGCACAUCUGAUUCAGAGAGCCACUCGGAGUCAGGCAGUGAAUCCGCUGGGUCCAAAUCCCAUCAGACCUCAGCGCAGGUCAAAGACAAACCAGUCAGGAAGAAAGACAGUCUGGCAGAUGUGAAGAAGAUGUGGGAGGAACAUCCAGAUAUUUAUGGCGUUAGAAGAUCAAGUCGCAGCAGACAAGAGCCUGCACGCCUCAACAUUGGAGCGGAGGGCAGCAGUGAUUCAGAGAGUGAAAGUCCCAAGAGAAAAAGCCCACGGCAGAAAAAGAAAGAAAAUACCUGGAAAGAUGAUGACUCAAAUGACGAAGAGGAUGUUGAGGAAGAGGCCAGCAGUUCAGAGAGUGAGCAGGAAGAGAAAAAAGUUAGAUCCAGACGACUUCCUGCUAGAAGGCCACAGACCAAAUCAUCUGCUAGUAAGCAGCAGUCACAAAAGGGACGGAAACUGAGGAAGCAGGAGUCCUCGGAAGAGGAAGAUGAGGAUGAUGACGAUGAUGAGGAGGAGGAUACCCCAAAAAGACAGACAAGGCGGCGAGCAGCAACUAAAGUCAGUUACAAGGAGGACCAGAAUGAUUUCGAGACGGACUCUGAUGACCUUAUUGAAAUGGCAGAAGGAGCCGAGGAGCAACAGGACGAUGACAGUGAAACCAUUGAGAAGGUCCUUGAGACCAAAAUUGGCAAAAAAGGAGCUACUGGCGCUUCCACAACUCUCUAUGCUAUUGAGGAGAAUGGGGACCCUGGAGCAGACUUUGACCCUGAGAAAGAUGAAGGGGAAACUCAGUUCCUCAUCAAGUGGAAAGGCUGGUCCUACAUCCACAGCACCUGGGAGAGUGUCGAUUCCCUCACUCAGCAGAAGGUCAAAGGGAUGAAAAAGCUGGAAAACUUCAAGAAGAAAAACGAAGAGCUUAAUGCUUGGUUGAAGAAAGCAUCACCUGAAGAUUUAGAAUAUUACAACUGCCAGCAAGAACUAACCAAUGACCUGAGCAAGCAAUUUCAGAUAGUAGAGAGAGUAAUCGCAACAAGAACUGGGAAAUCACAACCACCUUCAGACAUUCCCUCAGCCCAUAAAACCAGCUCCAGCGAGCCAGAGUAUCUGUGUAAGUGGAUGGGGCUGCCGUAUGCAGAGUGCACAUGGGAGGAUGGUGCAUUAAUCAGAAAGAAGUUUCAAGCCUGCGUUGAAAGUUUUCAAAACAGAAAUGCCUGUAAGACAGUUCCUUCCAAAGAUUGCAAGGUAUUGAAACAGAGGCCAAGAUUUGUGGCCUUGAAGAAGCAGCCUUCUUACAUUGGAGAUGAGGUCCUUGAACUCCGAGAUUAUCAGUUAGAUGGAGUGAACUGGCUCGCUCACUCCUGGUGCAGGUGUAACAGUGUUAUCCUGGCUGAUGAAAUGGGCCUGGGGAAGACCAUUCAGACGAUCUCCUUCCUUUCCUACCUUUUUCAUCAGCACCAGCUUUAUGGUCCGUUCCUCCUGGUGGUCCCCCUGUCAACCCUCACUUCCUGGCAGAGGGAGUUUGAUACCUGGGCCCCGGACAUGAAUGUAGUGGUGUACCUGGGAGACGUCACAAGUAGAAAAACAAUCCGGGACUAUGAAUGGAUCCACCAGCAGACAAAAAGGAUCAAGUUUAAUGCACUUUUGACCACAUAUGAAAUUCUACUGAAGGAUAAGGGAGUGCUGGGGAAUAUAAACUGGGCUUUUCUCGGAGUUGAUGAAGCUCACCGGCUAAAGAAUGACGACUCACUGCUAUAUAAAACUCUGAUCGACUUUCGAUCCAAUCACAGGCUACUCAUUACUGGGACCCCACUGCAGAAUUCACUCAAAGAGCUGUGGUCCCUUCUGCACUUUCUUAUGCCUGACAAGUUUGAGUCCUGGGAGGAUUUUGAGGAUGAGCAUGGUAAAGGCAGGGAUAAUGGUUAUCAGAGCCUCCACAAAGUUCUGGAGCCAUUCCUGCUGCGCCGUGUCAAGAAAGAUGUCGAGAAAUCCCUGCCGGCUAAAGUGGAGCAAAUCCUCAGAGUUGACAUGUCUGCCCAGCAAAAACAGUUCUACAAAUGGAUCCUAACGAGAAACUACAAAGCCUUGUCUAAAGGCACCAGAGGCAGCUCUUCUGGCUUUCUGAACAUUGUUAUGGAGCUGAAGAAAUGUUGUAACCAUGGUUUUCUCAUUAAACAACCAGAGGAGGUUGAGAAUGAAAAAACACACGAGCACUUACAGAGCUUGGUGCGAGGCAGCGGGAAACUGGUUCUGCUGGACAAGCUUCUCACGCGUCUCCGGGAGAGAGGCAACCGUGUGCUCAUCUUCUCUCAGAUGGUCCGAAUGUUGGACAUCCUUGCUGAAUACCUGUCUUUGAAACGAUAUCCAUUUCAGCGUUUGGAUGGCUCCAUCAGGGGCGAGCUCCGAAAACAAGCACUGGACCACUUUAAUGCAGAAGGCUCUGAGGACUUCUGUUUCCUGCUGUCCACCCGAGCUGGAGGGCUUGGCAUUAACCUAGCUUCUGCCGACACAGUGGUUAUCUUUGACUCGGACUGGAACCCACAAAAUGAUCUUCAAGCCCAGGCCAGAGCCCACAGGAUUGGCCAGAAAAAGCAAGUGAAUAUCUAUCGUCUGGUCACAAAAGGCACAGUGGAGGAAGACAUUAUUGAAAGAGCCAAAAAGAAGAUGGUAUUAGACCAUCUUGUGAUUCAGAGAAUGGACACCACUGGGCGAACCGUUCUGGAUAACAGCUCCGGAAAUUCAAAUUCAAACCCUUUCGGUAAAGAAGAAUUGACGGCAAUCUUGAAGUUCGGAGCCGAGGAUCUGUUUAAGGAACCUGAGGGAGAGGAAUCCGAACCACAGGAAAUGGACAUUGAUGAGAUCUUGCGGCUUGCUGAAACCAGAGAGAGCGAUCAAGGAUCUAGUGCUACAGACGAGCUUCUGUCGCAGUUUAAGUUUGCUAACUUCACCAUGGAUGAAAGCACACCAGAUCUUGAGGAGAAGCCUAUACGCGACUGGGAUGACAUCAUCCCAGAGGAGCAGCGGCGGAAGGUGGAGGAAGAGCAGAAGCAGAAGGAGAUGGAAGACAUCUACAUGCUGCCCAGAAGCAGAUCUAAAAAGAGGGCGCAGGCCAAUGACAGCGACAGUGACGUGGGAUCCAAACUGAAGCACAGAUCCUCUGGUUCAGACAGUGAAACAGAUGAUAGUGAGGAUGACAAACGGCCCAAGCGAAGAGGCAGGCCGAGGGCUCGCAAAAACAAUGUGGAGGGAUUUACUGACGCAGAGAUCCGCAGGUUUAUAAAAGCAUACAAGAAAUUUGGAGCUCCGCUUGAGAGGCUGGAGGCGAUUGCCCGUGACUCUGAGCUGGUGGAUAAGUCCGUUGCAGACCUGAAGAGACUGGGGGAACUGGUGCACAACACCUGUGUGACUGCAGUGCAGGAGCAUGAGGAGCACGUCAAAGAAAACCCAGUGGAAGCUAAAGGCCCGGGGAAAAGACGAGGAAUUAACAUAAAGAUCUCUGGAGUUCAGGUCAAUGCGAAGUCUAUUAUCCAGCACGAAGAGGAGUUUGAACCACUUCAUAAAGCUGUGCCUUCAAAUCCUGCUGAAAGAAACAAAUUUCAGCUGACCUGUCGGGUGAAGACUCCACACUUUGACGUGGACUGGGAUAUUCAUGAUGACACGCAGCUGUUACUGGGUAUCUACGAACACGGCUACGCCAACUGGGACCUGAUCAAGACCGAUCCCGAUCUCAAACUUUCUGAGAAGAUUCUCCUAGAUGACCCUGAUAAGAAACCUCAGGCAAAGCAGUUACAGAUGCGAGCAGACUACUUGCUUAAGAUGCUGAAGAAGGAGCAAGAAAGCCAAGAUGCUGCUAAAACAGGAGAUGAGACCAAACCCAAAAAGAGGAAACCUCGAACGAAGAACAAGGCCCCCAACAAUGAUCUGGCCAAUGAAAUCACCUCUCCUCGUCUCUCCGACAACCUGUCAGAAGAGGGAGAGGUCAAGGACGACGGAGCUGAAAAAUCACCCACAAAGAAGAAACAGAAAAAGGAUAACAAAGAGAACAAAGAAAAAACAGGAACUCCUAAAAAAGAGAAGGAGGGGGACAAAGACAAAAAGCGUUCCAGAUCCAAAAAAGAGAAGGCCAAACCAGGAGGAAAAGGGAAGAAAGCGCAAGGCCCUGUGCACAUCACUGCAGGAAGUGAGCCUGUACCAAUUGGAGAGGAAGAUGAUGAGCUGGACCAGGAGACAUUCAGUAUUUGUAAGGAGAGGAUGAGGCCGGUGAAGAAGGCUCUGAAGCAGUUAGAUAAGCCGGACGAGGGGCUGUCCGUGCAGGAGCAGCUGCAGCACACUCGUACCUGCCUGCUGAAGAUCGGAGACCGCAUCACAGAGUGCCUUAAAUCAUACAGCGACCCAGAGCACGUCAAGACCUGGCGCAGAAACCUCUGGAUUUUUGUUUCUAAAUUUACUGAGUUUGGGGCCCGGAAACUGCACAAGCUGUAUAAGAUGGCUCAAAAGAAGCGCUCCCAGGAAGAAGAGAAAGAGCAAAAGAAGAAAGAUGAUCCUGCCAAGAAAAAACCCUUCAGACCAGAACCGUCUGGAUCUAGUCGGGACUCUGCAGGAACCCAGCAUGCACCCAAACCCCAUCCUCCGGUCAGCCAUCCGCCUGGACCUCCCCCUCACGCCCACCAUAGAGAGUACAACCAGCCCAAUAAAAGACACUUUCCUAAUGACGACAGGGGAGACUGGCAAAGGGACCGGAAGUACAGCUACCCAGGUAACAGCAAUCAGCCCUGGCAAGGGGACCGGCAUCACCCGUAUGACACUCACCGGUACAAGGACCAUCAUUACGGUGACCGCCGUCCUCACGGUGACUACCGCAGCUCGGGAGGUUACCGUAACAGCGGCUCCCCUCGCAAACGCCCCUAUGAGUAUGGGAAUGAUAGAGACCACCGUGGCCAUCGAGACUAUUAUGACAGACAUCCAGACCCCAAGAGAAGGCGUUCCGAUGAAUACCGCUCCCCGAACUAUCACCCAGGUGGAGGAGGGCAUCCACAGGACUUCAGAAGGAUGCCGGAUCACAGGGGACCCCCUGGAAACCAUGGCCCCAUGGGGCCCGAUCACUACCGCCCCUUCCACCCUGACAAACCCCCACCCCUGAUUGACCCCCGUUCCCCUCAGUCUCAGAAAUCCCCCCUUGAGCCCAUCUCACCUGCUAUGGAAAGAACUGUGGAGCAGAAACCUGUGACGGACUUUAAUUGGAACAACAGGAAGACGUGAGGUGAAUACUUGCUGAGUGCAGAGACGCUCUGUACUGCCAAAAGGACGUGACUGAAAAGCAACCUAGGCAAUAAAUGGAGCCUCCAGCAAACUCCUCUUCAUUGCCACUGUGUCCUCCGCUCUCUUCUAGGAUUCUCAGCCAGGUUAAGUCUGCCAUUUUGGACUGAGGAGACAGAACAAAGCGUGGUUAGUCCUAUGGACUACGAUUGAACUUGAGAAAGUGUUCAAGUACGAAAGUUAGAAAGUGCCUCAUGUAUUUGGUUUUUGUUGAGAGUCAUUAGCAGAAAGGGACUAUACUAUGUCUUUUUGUUUCGUGUUAUUUUGGUUUUGUGCAAAAAAGGAUCAUUUCAUGAAAGUAGCCUUUGUGGGAGGAGAAAAAGGAAUUGUUUUAAUUGCACCUUCAGAUGUUGAUUCAUAUUUUUGUUGAGCUAUUUGAAACUGUCACUUUUGCUUUCCGAAAUGCCCAGACCCCUGUGAUCGUAUGUCAUUUUGAGGAAAGAAAAUCAAGUAAUUACAUGUACAUUUGUGUCUGUCUUGUGUGAUGAGCAACGACCGCAACAAAUACUGGAAUUGUUGGUUUUUUUUUUUUUUGGCUUAAUGAGUCUUCGCUAUUGCAGACCCGCCAUUUGUUAAUAUUGCCAUGUUGGAGGACAGUAGCCUUGUUUAAAAAACAAAGAAGGAAAAAAAAGGCUAAACAGUAUUCAGGGUCCAUGUAGACCUUGUCCGAACACUAGAUAAUCAUAACACUUAAGCUAUCUUUGUUUUUAAUUUCUUAUAUCUGUAACACUUGGCACCACUUAAGUCCACUUUAUGGUCAGUGCUUGUACUGUUGCAUCUUUUUAUUGCACUAAAAGGACAGUACUUGCUCGAUUUUGAGUAUGUAGUAAUGGGUAGACGUUAUCCGAAUCUGAUUUUCAUGUUGUUUUCUCAGUGUAAGUGUGCUGAAACGCUGAUAAUGUUGACCUUUAAGUGGAAAUGUGAGUUCUGUAUGAACGGACAGAUGCGUGUUUCAGGAGUGGGCAGGUGUCACAAGCUAUUUUUUGGUGAACCAGAUUUUGUGCCAAAGCAUUGACAGACUGGCAUGCUGGUAGACACUGUUCAUUGAUUGUUUAUUUGAUGUGUUUUUUCCAUCUGUGCCUUAUUCUUGUGUAGAUUCAAACACCGGAUUGGUAUAAGGAUGUUGAGCGGUCGAAAAUGACGCAGUAUUAUGCGGUUGUGUACAAUUUCAAAACAUUCGCCAGGAUGGAAUUUUAACUUGGGUGCAUGUUAAAGCCAGCUCUGGUGAGUUGGGGGGGACAAUGUGGUGCACUCAAUCCCCGAAAGAUCCUGGUGUCUGGACUCGGAGAUCAGGUGAGCUGUGGACACGUCUGCGAUGGAAUACUGAAGAUGUGUUACUUCUUUCCCACCCGAGCUCCUGCUCACACUCGGCAGACGUGUUGAGGUUCGAAACAAGCCAAUUUAAAGUAAUUUAUAUUUGUGAAAAGCCACUGUUCAGAUUAAAUGUACUGUACAUAUGUUUAUAGACCUAUAUGUAUUAAACUUUCCUACAUCAUGGAC